GGUUCAAAAACUUAUUGUAAAUAUUUAUGGGUUUGCUUUUGUUGCCAAGCUAGACCCACUGUCCAAUCACCAUAAGGUUAAGAUGACUUCACCAGAAUCUGGGAUGCUUCGUUUUCUGCGUUUGCCUAAUCCAUCUUAUGAAAAAAUUUAUGCAGAUGCUAAUACAAUUUUAGAUGACAUUAUUUCUCAAUGUCACAGUUUCAAAACAUCAAGUUAUAAAACAGAUAAUAAGGAAAUGGUAGCUUUUAUUACGCAUGGAUGUAAAAUUCUUCAGAAUGCAACUAUUUUACUGCGAAGUAAAUUUGCCCAAGUUAUUAACAUAUAUCUUCCACUUAUUAAGAGUGCCAUUGAUUACGAAUGUGUAAACAACUUGGUAAAUUUUUUAUGUCAAUCAAUGUCAAAUAGCAAAUCUGCUCUUGUAUUAGAGUUUAUUAAAGCCCUUGCUGCAACAUUAGCUGGUAACGGAUCACAGUUAAGUGAGGAAAGUAUUAUUCAGUUGCUAAGUGAAGAUGGUGUCAUAUGGUUUUACUUAUCACAAAAAGAUGACAUUGCAAAAAGUUAUUCAAUGCAGUGUCUUGGAAACAUGUGUAUUAGAGCAAGCAAUGGUGAGACUAUUGAUAAAUGUUAUUUGCAUCUUUGUUAUGCCAAAGUUUUAGACUACAUUCGUCUAAUAUUAAUUGAUAAUUUGAAUGAUCUACACCAUUUAAAGAUUACAAUAACAGCCUUAAAAGCCUUGUUAAAGAAUUUGGAAAGCAUUACUGUUAAUGAUGGCAUUGUUGAAGCUGAGUAUGCUGUUUCUUUGGCUAAGAUUUUUUUAUUAUUUGGAGCAUCUGAUUUCAACUUAAUUGUGGAAAAAAUGUUACGGGUGUUGCCAACAAGAAAUUCAGAUGACAUUACUCUAGUAGAAAAAAUAUAUCCUACAAAGCGAAAAGAAAAAUCUCCAAUGACAAAGAAAAUUAACGCUAAAAAAUUACGAAAAAAAAAGAAAAAGUCUACUCAAGCAAAUGCAGAAGAUUUUGAUAUUGUCGAUGAUAGUUUUGGAUUAUCAGUUCAUAAAAAUUGGCGUCAACCUGUUGUUUUUUCUAGUUCAGAAUCAGAUUAUUCUGAUUCAGAAUUUUCUCGGAAUGAGAUGUCGAGUUUAUUUGCAACAAAGGUUCAAGUUCUUACAGCUUCAAUUAUACAAAAUAUUCUUAGAUGUUGUGAUAAACGCUCAAAGUUUUCCUGCUGGCUUUCACUUGUUCCUGAUAUAAUAUCAUCGUCCCAGCCAUCACUGUUGUAUUUACUCGCUAUGGGACAUCAUCCAAAGGUACGAACAUCCAUUCUUCUUGCACUUAUGGAAUUGAUUGAUGGAUCAAGAGGUUUUUUAGAAUCAGCAGUUAGUAACACAAGGUCUUCCUCUUACCCAUUUACAUCUUUUUCUGUAAAAUUGAGCCAGUCCCUUCAUUUGCUACAUGAAACACUUUUAACAGUGUUAGAGCAAGACAGAACAGAUGCAGGGAAAGAUAAAAUUGUCAAGUGUUUAACUCUACUUAUGCUGAAUGCACCAUACAAAAAAUUAGGCAACGACUAUCUUCCAAACAUUAUUAAAGCUGUUCAUGUUUAUCUCCAAUCAAAAGAUAGCAGUCUUUGUCAAACAACUUUAACAUGUAUUGCUGCUUGCAUAUCAGUUCAGCCCACUAAUGAGUGUGUUUUAGAUAUGCUUCACAAAAGUGUUUUGCCUCAAAAGUUCCAAUUAAAUAAGAAUAUAAAUUGUCUUGAAAUGGAAGAAGAUUCUUCAUGGUUGGUUAUAUUCUGCUUACAAACUUUAAUGGCUGCAUUGAAUGAUAGUGCUCAUGAAAUACGUUUGGUGGCAGAAUGUAUCCAGUUAUUGACAGUUAUAUUAAGAUGCCAUCCACAAUUACUGAAGAAUCACCAAUGCAAAAUGAUUUUGGAUUUAAACAUCAAUGCUUUUGUUUUUUCAACAGACCUGACUGUUAGUCUUCAUUCGAUUAAAAUGUUGGAAGAACUUUCAAAGUAUUACUCAAAGAAGUUUAUUGUUUCUGGUGAUAGCACUGAGUGUGUAUCUUACUGGAAAACUCUGCUAACUGGGUCAAUACCACAGUAUCUUAAUGCUAAACCUCCUAAACCUUCUAAAGGUCGGGCUGCUAUUUGCGAUUUGCUAUCUAAUAUUGGUACUGAUAUAUUUUUAUUACUUAAGGUCAGUGAGCAGAUAUUUGUUAAAACAAUAUUAAUUGGACUUGCAAGUAGUGAGGAACCUGUAGUUGUUGCUGCAGCAAUAAGGGGAUUAGGUGUUAUCAUAGAUUAUGAGUCCAUGAAAGAGGAUGUUUUGUUUGUCAUUGAUGUAGCCAGAAUCAUUAUUUUACAACUUUGCAGCCACUCAGUUAAUGUCCGUUUAAAAGCUGCAUGGUCGUUAGCAAAUCUUUGUGAUUUCAUCUCUAAGAAUAAUUUCCUUCUUUCUGAGUUUCCUGAAGCUUUAGUGCAAGACUUACUUAAAUAUUCAACACAAGCAUCACUAGAUAAUGAAAAGGUUAGUUGCAAUGGUGUGCGUGCUUUAGGUAACAUCCUAAAUGCUCUUCCAAAAAAGAUUUAUGAUGAAGAAGUUUUUUUUGAGAAUUUAAUCAGAGCUAUCGAUGCUCUUGCUAAAAAUAUUAUCUCAGCUCCAAUGAAAACUCGUUGGAAUGCUUGUUAUGCUUGUAGAUAUAUCUUUGUAAACAAAGAUUUUCCAAUAGAAUUUUCUGAUUGGAAUGGAAAACUUUUUAAAGCUCUGUUAGAAGAACUCAAUGAAUGUAAAAAUUUUAAGGUUCGCAUCAGUGCUGCUUGUGCACUAGCAUCUCUUUCUUUACGUAGAAGCUAUGGAGACUGUCAACUAUUUUUGCUAGUUUGGAGAGAGGCACUUGUAGGUCUUGAGAAAUCGGAAGAUCUAACAGACUUCACUGAGUUUAGGCAUAAAGAUAGUUUGCAGUUCAAGAUUACGCUAUUACUUUUUCACUUGUUAUCGUUAGCAACUUCAGAAGAUUUAAAAUUAAUGUGUCUAGAAACUAAGAAGCAUGACACAAUUUUUAUGACGCAUUGUCUGCAUAUUUUAGCAAUAGUUGAUGAAAUCGAUAAUCAAGACCAAAAUGCUAUUAUAUUGGGAUCGUUUUUGGCUGAUGAAAAAAAUAAAGAAGAACUUGAACAAUGUUGUAUUAAAAUGCGUUCCAACUUGAAAGAUUUGGUAGAAAAUUCAAAUAAUGCUAAAUUAAUUGAUCUUGUAAAGAUGGCGUUAUUAGAAUAAUUGAAAUAUUACAUUAAUUUAAAGUAUAUUAUUUAAUUUGUAUUUAGAAUAAAAAUGUACCAAUCUUAUAAUAAAAUUUAUGUUAAAUUUGUUCAAAAUAAAUGUAUGAAGUACUCAAGAUCU